CUAACAGUCUGUUUGCCGGUCUCAGAUCGAUAGGUACGUUUUGAAUGUUUCUUUAGUUUGAGUCGAAUUGUAAACUACGAAUAUCUAUAGUUGCGUGGCAUUUCCUUCAGAGCUAAAAAUUGCUCAGAUAUAAAACGUAAACAAAACCGGUGCUUGAGGAAGUGCAGUUCGAUCGAAAAUUCGGAGGAUUGGUUUGUGAGCCAUUUUCAGCGGUUAUAGGAAUCAGUGUGCGUGUGUUUAUGCUGUGUUCUUUCUUAUGUUUUGCAAAUCUCAAUUCACUUUUUUAUUAUUUCAAAGUGAGUGUAAAAAUAUUCUAGGUUACAAACCACACGGCUGAUCGCCGAAAGAAAACAUUUGCGUCAUCUUUUUUCUGCUAUUCCAAUUGUAAAGAUAAAUACCUAUACUAUACCUACCUGCGUGUGAACUUACAUCGGUACGAAACGAUCGGCGUGAACAUAAAAAGACAAGAAAAAGAGAGUGGCUAAAGUCUCUCUGAGUGCACUGAUUAUCCCAGAGAGCAAAUACAAUGGAAAAGCUAUAGUAGGGAAAAUUCUACCCUCUUCCUAAUUUCACUUCCCGCCUGUCGGUCGACUGCUGUUUUACCAAAGAUCGAAUCGCUGUUGCCAAUGCGGCGUGUCCGUGUAGUGAUAAGUGAAACGUUGCUGCGACCGGUCGUGUUUUCGUGCGAGUCUUCUGGUUGCAAAAGAUAUCGAAGACUUCCUGCAAUCGCAAGCAUUUCCAAUUGGAUUGAUUGUUUGUUAUUGUGAAUUUUAUAUUUUUAAACUGUGCCACGUGGAUUCUUCGAAGCCGAGCUGACCGUGAACCGAAAGCGUGCGUGUGAGUGGGUCGUUAUUUACCAGAAAGAGCAUCUUACAAAACGUGCCGUAAGAGUGAUUUGGGUAAUCUCGCGUGAAAAUUAUAAUUCUGCUAAUCGUGACGCAGGGGAAUUGCUACUAGGUACAUAGUUUUAGAAACCGGUGAAAACGAUGGUUAAUGAAACGGAGAAAGAUGCGGCAACUACUGACACUGGAGGCGGCAACAAAGUAGUCUUGAAGCGCAAAAUUACGUUGGUCAAUGGAAUUACGAUCAUCGUCGGGACGAUCAUCGGAUCUGGAAUUUUUGUUUCGCCGGCUGGUGUUUUCUUGUAUACCAAAUCCGUCGGUUCAUCGCUGGUAAUCUGGACACUGAGCGGUAUCCUGUCGACGUUGGGAGCGCUUUGUUACGCGGAGCUCGGUACCUGCAUCACACGUUCCGGGGGUGACUAUGCUUACCUACUUGUUGCAUUUGGACCACUUGUUGGAUUCUUGCGGCUCUGGAUGGCGUUGCUCAUCAUUCGACCUACCACUCAGGCCAUCGUAGCAUUGACCUUCGCUCAGUACGCGGUGAAGCCUUUCUUUCCGGAAUGCGAACCGCCGGACAACGCGGUCCGGCUAUUAGCCGCCGUCUGUCUGUGCUUUCUAACCGCCAUCAACUGCAUCUCAACCAAAUGGGCCAUGAAGGUGCAGAACGUUUUCACACUGGCUAAACUCACGGCACUGGUGUCCAUCAUCCUCGCCGGUAUCGUCUUCAUGGCAACCGAGGAGUCCGAGAAUUUCGAUAAUGCGUGGGAAGGAGACUAUGCGCUAUCCAGCUUGGCAUACGCUUUCUACUCCGGACUUUUUGCAUUCGGUGGGUGGAACUAUUUGAACUUUGUCACCGAGGAGCUGGAAAAUCCAUACAAAAAUCUUCCCCGCGCCAUUUGGAUCGCUAUGCCAAUGGUUACUGGAAUUUACGUGUUCGUUAACAUGGCCUACUUUGCUGUUGUUCCCCGGCACGACAUGCUAGCUUCGAUUGCUGUCGCUGUUAAUUUUGGCAACCGGAUAUUCGGCGCUGUAGCCUGGCUAGUGCCAAUCUUCGUGGCACUAAGCUGCUUCGGGGGCGUCAAUGGAAUCCUAUUCACAUCGGCUAGACUGUUCUCAACCGGUGCCCAGGAGGGACACCUGCCGGCGUGGUUCUCGCUGGUGCACGUACGGCGUCAAACACCGAUUCCGGCUCUGAUUUUUACGUGUGCCACAUCAAUCCUAACACUAUUCUGCGCAGACGUGGUCGCGUUAAUCAACUACUUCAGCCAAAUUCUCUGGCUUUCCGUAGCAGCAUGCGUAGCUGGACUACUGUGGCUGCGAGUUACCAAGCCUAACAUGCCGCGUCCAAUCCGCGUGAACCUGGCAUUACCGAUCAUUUUCCUGACUUGCUGUCUAGUGCUGGUUCUUCUACCAUCGUUCUCCGAACCGCUGAAUCUGAUCAUCGGCCUCGGAAUCACCCUGUCCGGAGUGCCGGUGUAUUACGUGUGCGUUGUAUGGAACGGUAAAAACAAACGGUCUCGAAAUGCUGCGAUGACGUGCAUCGAGCGGAGCUGUCAGAUCCUAUUCAAUGCAGCCUUCGUCGAUUGUCACCACGACCGGAAAAACGAUCGAGAGAUGUCCGACAUGCAAACCAGCAUCGUGGACGAGAAAACCGUUAAUCAUUGAAACGCCAAGUCGAAAAAUCGGAGGUUUCAUGAUCUGAUCCUGUUUUUUUCUGGGAUCUCGCUUUCCAUGGACACCAGUAGCAUUUAUAUUUGUAGAGGUAUUAUUUGCAAUGUUCAAGUAAAGAAAUAAGUCUUUUGUUUGUUUUACAAAAACAUUUUAUAGACGUUAUUGUCUAGCGUUAUGCAAAACCAAAAGCAAACAUCAGGGUCUAAAGGCGCAAAGCAAGGAACACAAUCGAAAAUACUACGUAUACUGCUUACGUACAUCAUAUAUUCAGUGUAAGAUCUGACAACCGUACGCAUACAUGCAACUUGUAAAAUGUCUAAACUAGUAUAGAAAACGUUUGUUGUCCUGUACAUUCAUAAAUGUCUCUGUACUUAAGAACAAUAAAUCUAUCAGAUAACUAUAUACAUAAUUUGAA